AUGGCUUGGAGAUUCUAUAAAGGCGUAUAGUUUCGGUUUAUGUCAAAUGAAUUGCCGGACCAAAAUGGCGGUUAUGUUCUGUGGAUGCCGACCGUAUUUUCACGUAAAAGGAGAUGGCGACGUGUGCGAUACAGACGGGAUGGCGUGCAUCGGUAGAAAUGUUGAGAUACUCGUCAAUUUGCCGAAAAAUCUCGCCAAAUGCUCCUGUAUUCCUCAGUGUGCCGAACUCAACUAUUACUCACAUACAAAGAAGGUCACUGUCCAUUUUACCUUUUGGUCUCGACAUCGGAUUAUUGGGUGUUGCGGUAUAUUUCUUCACGAAAUUGCCAAAGCCGGACCCUAGUAAUGUGACGAGUAUAUUCGGGCCGCCCUCUGGCUCGAAGGAGGGCGAGGCGAAUCCCAAAAAGGUGGUCAAAUGUAUAGCGCAUAGAGGCGCGGGUCUUGAUGCUCCGGAGAAUACAUUGCAAGCGUUUAAAUAUUGUGUAGCAAUGGAGUGUAACUUUAUCGAGAUGGACGUGAGGACGUCGAAGGACGGCCAGCUGGUGCUCCUACACGACCAAGGGCUUGAGAGGCUCACGGGCACUGAUAUAACCGACGUGAGGUUCAUGGACUGGGAUAGCAUUAAGAACAUUGAUGUAGGCGCUACACAUCCUAAUAGGCAACAAUUCAAAGAUGUGACUCUAUGUUUAUUGGAGGAUGCAAUCGAUUAUCUUUUGGCAAAUAAAGUUAAAAUGAUCAUUGACGUCAAAGGGGAGGAUGCUCAGGUAGUGAAUGGCAUUCUAAGAGUGUUCUCCGGCAACCCGGUGCUUUAUGAGAAUGCUGUGGUGACGUCAUUCAACCCUUAUGUAUUGUAUCAGAUUCGCAAGCGAGAUCCUAACAUUGUUGGCGCCAUGAGCUACCGUCCGCACUGCUUCGCCUAUUUGAAUUACGACGCAGAGAAUGGACCUACUAAUCCUAGGUUCGGCGACCGCCUAGCGCUUCAAGCGUUGUCUCGUGCAGCAGACUGUGUGCACGGUGCGCUGUGGCGGUCGGCCGCGCGCUGGUGCUCCGUCAGCGCGGUGCUCUUGCACAAGGACAUUGUCAGCCCCCGCGAGGUGGAGUACUGGCGCUCGCGGAACGUGCGCGUGGCCGGCUGGUGCGUCAACCGGCCCGUGGAGAAGCGAAUAGACACUUUUCUAUUAUAUGUUAACUUAGUUGAUGUCGGAAAACUUAGCUUAUACAUGUAUAUGAAAAUGUGCGGAUAAAUAGAAAGAAGAAAGAAAGAAAACAGGCUUUAUUGCCAACAUAGACUACCGUAACUUAAAAAGCACACAUAUUAGUAACUAGGCAAUCGGAAGAGGCUCAGCCAUGCUGUGGGCUAACGCUCGAACAGCGCUGAUUUUCAGUCUGCAACAUAAAAUCGACAAGUCAAAAUCAAAAAGACAUGUGUCACUCGGGUACUGCCGCGGUAAAGCUAUUGCAUGCUAUGCCUUCAAGCCACACCUCCGCCCGUCGGAGUGGGGAGCGUGAGGUUUUUUCGUUACGGAAUUUCUCGAUUCGGUCCCCGCGCUCAAGGCCCGCGAU